AUGGUCGGAGUUGGUCCUAAGCAGCCGCCGUCCCGCAAGGGAUCGAUGCACGAGCUGCCGCAAAAUCUUCUGGAGCACAUCAAGAAAUUCGAAGAGGUCUUCACUGUCGACGCAGCUGAACUUAAGAAGGUCGUGAAGCACUUCGUUAGUGAGCUUGAGAAGGGUAUGCCCGAGCCCCGCGUCCGCCGGUUCCGCUUCAAGGAGCUAACAACAACAUAG